CUCUCUUCCGGUCUCUAUCGUGUCAGCUUUGGGAGGGAGAUGACGAAGGGAACAUCGUCAUUUGGGAAGCGUCGCAACAAGACGCACACGCUGUGUCGUCGCUGUGGCUCCAAGGCUUACCACCUUCAGAAGUCCACCUGCGGGAAGUGUGGAUAUCCCUCCAAGCGCAAGAGAAAGUACAAUUGGAGCGCUAAGGCCAAGAGGCGCAACACCACUGGAACCGGUCGCAUGAGGCACCUCAAGGUUGUGUACCGCAGAUUCAGAAACGGAUUCCGGGAAGGAACAACCCCCAAGCCCAAAAGAGCAGCGGUGGCAGCCUCCGGCUCAUCCUAGAUACUUUGUUUAAAUAAAUGUGCUGUUGAAAAGAAA